GAUGAACUGCAUCAUUCCGUUGUUGACAUGGAUGGAAGUGAUGAACGUGCCACUGUCAAACUCUUGGCUCAGAGCAUUGAAAGAAUGCUGAAACACAACAAAGCAGAGUUCAAAACAGCAGCAAGGGGCAAGCAGCAACUUCUGUCCACAAAGUACUGGGAAGAGUUCCAUCUGCAGUUAAUCAAAGCCUGUACAGAUACAGGUAAUGCUGAAGAACAGCCUGCUCCAGUCCUGGACCAAAGUGUUGUUCAAAGUCAGGAGACAGAGGAAGGUAAUGAAACGCCACAUCCUGGUCAAGUCCAAAAGAGAGAAAGAGACACAGAACCUACUGGUGAGACAGAAAGCAGGAAAGCAACAAAGAAAGGGCAACCUCCUCCACUGCCUAUUGUGGUAGAAAUACUUGCACAGGUCAUACCCAGUGUUAAAUCUCCAAAGGAAAUGAAAAACUAUGCCUCUGCAAGAGAGACACUUCUCACAUUAGACCCCACCACAGUUACAGAUGAAACUGUCUAUCUUCUGGAAAACAUAAGGCCUGAAAUCAAGACCAUGGAAGACUUGCUUGACACUGCAGAAGCAAUCAAGCAAAUAGAGAAAAUCAAGGGUGUUAAUGUAAUAAUUGUAAAGCCGGGCAGUCUGAUCUUCUACCUGCAAUGUACAGACUUGUCUGGGUUAGGGGACCUCUGGUUCAUGUACAAAAGUGGAGAACUAAGCAACAUGCUGCACAGUAGUUUGAUAAGGGAGGAAACCUUACAGCAACUCUGUGCUGAGAGUGUCUCUGUGACGACAAACAUCAACAUGGAGGACUUCAGGAAGGCCCUGGUCUACCUACUCACUACAUCCUCUGCAGAAGACCAACCCAUCCCAAGACUACCCCAGGAGUACCCCCUCUACCAGCCACACACCCACACCACUGCCAGUGUGCUGGAUGUACUUCAUCUGGAUGGUACAAACCUGGCAAGGUCUUCUGGGAAACAACAGGAGCUACACAUCCCUCCAGCUACACAGACUGAGGACAGUCUGGAUCAUCUUGGGGCCAAACUUCGCGAACUGAAAAUGACAGAUGAUCAACAGACUACAGAAGCACAUGCCACCACAGAUGUGCCUGAAGUGAUCUCAGAACUGGUCUCACUGGACAUCAGGGAACUGGAACAACUGAUGGGAAAACCCAGGAAGAGAACUUCCUCCAUGGGUUCUCAGACAUCUGGGUAUCAAACAGGCACUCCAGGAUCAGGACCCAGCAGACCAUACUCGCCUACAGGUGAGGUUGAAACACAGACCAUACUAGGGACUCUCCUUGCUGAACUGAACACACCUGCAGUGAUGGAAGACAAGGUACAACAGUUUGACCUGUACUGUCAGAUAGGUGAUCUCUACAGGACAAAACUACACAACUUACAGUCAGCUCUGCAGUAUUACCAGAACAUGUUAGAGUGUUCUCAGGAACUGUCAGAAGACACAAAACAAGCCAAGGCCUACAACAGACUAGGUUUAACAUAUGACAUCCUUGGUUUGCAACAGGAAGCCUUUAGAAAUCAUGAGAAAGCUCUGGCUAUCUAUAGAGUAGAAACCAGAAAUGAAACUAACAUUUGUGUAGCGUACAAAAACCUGGCCUCAUCAUUAGCACUGUCAGGUCAAGUGUCAGAUGCAAAAACUAACUAUGAAUCAGCCUUGGCUGUUGCCAUGGAGACAGGAAACAAGACUGAACAGAUGGACAUUUACUGUAAGCUGGGUGAUUUACACAGGGAACAGCUACAGGAACCACAGGAAUCACACAAGUACUACACAGAGAUGUUGGCACUAGCCAGGGACUUGGGGAGGAAGGACUGGGAGAGUCUGGCUUACAACAGACUGGGACAUGCCCAUUAUGACAUGGGGGAGCAUGAGGAAAGUUUGGAGUGGUACAGAAAGCACCUGAAGAUGAGCCAAGAAAGUGGAGACAAGACUGAACAGAUAACAGCACAUAAAAACAUAGCUCGUUCCUACAAGGCACUGGGUAAACUGGACCUGGCUAGAUCUCACUAUCAAUCAGCAAUGACCAUUGCCAUGGAGACAGGAAACAAGACUGAACAGAUGGACAUUUCCUUACAGCUGGGUGAUUUACACAGAGAACAGCUACAUGAACCACAGGAAUCACACAAGUACUACACAGAGAUGUUGGCACUAGCCAGGGACUUGGGGAGGAAGGACUGGGAGGGGCUGGCUUACAACAGACUUGGACAUGCCCAUUAUGACAUGGGGGAGCAUGAGGAAAGUUUGGAGUGGUACAAGAAGGACCUGAAGAUGAGACAAGAAAGUGGAGACAAGACUGAACAGAUAACAGCACAUCAAUGUCUAGCUGUUUCCUACCAGGCACUGGGUAAACUGGACCUGGCCAGAUCUCACUAUCAAUCAGCAAUGACCAUUGCCAUGGAGACAGGAAACAAGACUGAACAUAUGGAUAUUUACUGUAAGCUGGGUGAUUUACACAGGAAACAGCUACAUGAACCACAGGAAUCACACAAGUACUACACAGAGAUGUUGGCACUAGCCAGGGACUUGGGGAGGAAGGACAGGGAGAGUCAGGCUUACAACAGACUUGGAGUGGCCCAUUAUGACAUGGGAGAGCAUGAGGAAAGUUUGGAGUGGUACAAGAAGAACAUGAAGAUGUGCCAAGAAAGUGGAGACAAGACUGAACAGAUAACAGCACAUCAAAACAUGGCUGAUUCCUACAAGGCACUGGGUAAACUGGACCAGGCCAGAUCUCACUAUCAAUCAGCAAUGACCAUCGCCAUGGAGACAGGAAACAAGACUGAACAGAUGGACAUUUACUGUGGUCUGGGUGAUUUACACAGGGAACAGCUACAUGAACCACAGGAAUCACUCAAGUACUACACAGAGAUGUUGGCACUAGCCAGGGACUUGGGGAGGAAGGACAAGGAGAGUCAGGCUUACAACAGACUUGGACUGGCCCAUUAUGACAUGGGGGAGCAAGAGGAAAGUUUAGAGUGGUACAAGAAGGACCUGAAUAUGAGACAAGAAAGUGGAGACAAGACUAAUCAGAUGACAGCACAUCAAUGUCUAGCUGCUUCCUACAUGGCACUGGGUAAACUGGACCUGGCCAGAUCUCACUAUCAAUCAGCAAUGACCUUCGCCAUGGAGACAGGAAACAAGACUCAACAGAUGUACAUUUACUGUGAGCUGGGUGAUUUACACAGGGAACAGCUACAUGAACCACAGACAUCACACAAGUACUACACAGAGAUGUCGGCACUAGCCAGGGACUUGGGAAGGAAGGACAGGGAGAGUCUGGCUUACAACAGACUUGGACGGGCCCAUUAUGACAUGGGGGAGCAUGAGGACAGUUUGGAGUGGGACAAGAAGUCCCUGAAGAUGAGACAAGAAAGUGGAGACAAGACUGGACAGAUAACAGCACAUCAAGACAUAGCUGUUAACUACAAGGAACUGGGUAAACUGGACCUGGCCAGAUCUCACUAUCAAUCAGCAAUGACCAUCGCCAUGGAGACAGGAAACAAACAGAAACAGGAGGACAUUGCCAAGAAACUGGCUAAUCUGUAAUAAUACAGGAGACUGAUAACAACUUAACACUACAAGACUGUAUAAAAUUGUAUAAAGUAAAAUGACUAAACUUGUUUAAUGACAAUAUACAGGACAAAACUUCUAUUUAGUAGUACUGUAUUUCAAAAAUGGCAGCUGCUUUAGUUUUGCAGUAAAUUUACAGCACAAGUCACCAGAAAUAGCAUUCACUUUCGUAAGUUAAAUCUAGAUGAUAAAUCUGUACUACUGUGGUAUCUGGGACAUAAUAUCAUGUUGAACAUAUAACAUUACUACCUCACCUUUGUUGUAAAUAACAUAUCAGGAUAGACCUUAACAAUACUGUUGAAAGAAAAGGAGUGUAAACGGUAUUCUCAAGAUUCAGACACUGUACUACAUGUUUGUAGAAUUGAUUAUAAAACAAAAGAAACUCCAGUCCACAAGUCAAAAGAUGACAUAUAUUGAUAUUCAUCAUCAAGGUUGACAAAAGAGGUUACGGGACACAAAAACAGAUGUAAAACAAAAUUAAUUGGAUCCUGGCUGCUUACAAUGUAGUGAGAUAUGACAUGGCUUUAGAAAAGAGUAGAGCACACAUGCUGUAUUAAUCAUGAUCUGACAUUUCUUUCUAGAAUUCAAUGAAAUUUUCAAUACUUACACUCUAAACUGCAUCAGAGUCUCCCAUUGGUGUCUGUUUACCUUUUAUCAUAAAAAUUCUUAUUGACAAGUUGAUCAAUAUGGUUGAUAAAUUUAUCAAUAUCGUUGAUCUUAAAUUCGAUGUUAUUUCAGCACCAAGGACAGGGUUGGGUACUCUAACAACUAGAAAAAAGUACCAAACAAAACUAUGACAUGGGCAAUACAAAUCUAAGACUAAUGCAAACA